AUGGAAACCAAGUUAUCCGGCGUGUUCACGAUCACGAACGCUCGCUAUCGCAAUAGAAUAAAGAUGCGCAACAACAACGACGCCGAACCAUUGAUAUGCGUCGUUCCGAACUUAUCAGAACUUUCUCAAACAGAGCUGUGGAGACUCGUGCCUAGCACUGACAAUCGCCAUCAAAUCAAAAACAUGGAGUUCAAUUACAUCGCAUCUAUUCCACCUUCAUCUAAGAUUGAAACACAUGUGCACGGGUCCGAUAGGGAAUACUGGUGGUUCACCGAGAAAGCGGAAGAGGAGAAAUCUGGACCAGAUGCUUACUUCAUCCGACGUGGAGAGCUUUGUUGGCAUCUCGUCGAUAAAUCAGAUGAGACUCCAGUGAGAUAUACGCCCCCAUCGUAUCUGCGCAGCGCAGUUGACAAUCUUGAAACUAGAUUGAGCUUCAAUGCUGGUCUGUGGAUCAUCAUGCGGCACAUUGAUCCUGAUGCGAGUGAUGGAAACCAUUCAUUUGAGUCGACUGUAAGUCCUCCAACGUUUCCAGCAUCAUCACUCCAGCCAUUGGUGGACUUCAACUGCGCGAAUGACGCAUAUAUAGAGGGUCAAGUACAUGCGUCCAUGAGGCCAGCCUUCGAGAUCUUCAAGUGUGCAUCCAAGUGCUUCCAAGAUGCUCUCCGCGGUCUGAUACAGCAAAUCCGGGCUCAUUCCUUUAUUACCAUGCCGUCUCCUAUUUACAGGACAGUCUUGGAUAUUGACCUGUACGGCCUAGAAUAUGCAACUGGGGUCGGGGUGAACAUAUUAAAGCAAUGUCACCCAGGUAGUCGACGGGAAGUCCUCUCCAUGAUGCAAGACUGGGUUAUGGCCACGCAGGAGGAAGCGAAGAAAGUCUUCUGGUUGUCCGGGAUGGCUGGGACGGGCAAACAACAGUGGACGAAAUUGAUCAUGGAACCGAUCAAAGAAGCGUGCAAAACAACCUACGCACCCGUAUUGGUCGUUCUUGACGCGCUUGAUGAAAGUGGCGCAGAGGAUACCCGUGAACUGUUACUUCAGUUAUUAUCCUCUGCCGCUGAGCUGCCGCCCAAUAUUCGUAUACUCAUCACAUCCCGCCCACUUCCUGACAUUCGCGAUGGACUUCGCCGACAAAGCGUUCAACACUUCUCCUUGGAUAGUGUUCCACCAGAACUAACCAGACAUGAUAUGGAGCAGUGUAUCGCCGCGAAGCUGGGAGAUCUGCGCAUCUUUCAGGCGGAAGACUACGUGGCGUUAGCGCGAAAGUCAAACGGUGUUUUCGAAUGGGCUCGCCUCUCCUGUGAAUACAUUACCGGUAGAGCAUUAAUAGGGUCUAAUCCCAGAAUUCGCUACAAUGCGGUGACCGCAGGAAUAUCUGGAACACAAAACCUGUUGGAUGAUAUGUACAAGCUCAUUUUGACGAAGGCUAUGCAGGAAGACGAGCGUAUGAAUGUCCUUGCGUUUCGUGCCCGGCGCAUUUCAUUAACGGAUAGCGUGGAUGUGGAGUUGGUCAUAGACUCCCUGGGCGCGGUUCUCACCGGCAUCACAGAUAACAAAACUCCCAUUCGACCAUUACAUGCAUCAUUCUACGAUUUUCUGAUAGACGAGGGCUGGAGUGGCGAAUUUUUUCGCUUCUCAGAGGUCACAUGCACUGGAUUUAAUCUGUCGCAAUCUCGCACGACGGCAGCAGCUGGUCCACCUCUUCAAGGGCACAUUCACUGGGUCAGAUCCGUUGCAAUCUCGCACGACGGGCAGAUAAUCGUGUCCGGUUCAGCUGACAAGACCAUUCGAGUGUGGGACGCUAACACGGGUCGGCAGCUGGGCUUGCCUCUCAGAGGCCACACACAGUCCGUCAGAUCUGCCGCAAUCUCGCAUGACGGGCAGCAAAUCGUGUCCAGUUCGGGUGAUAACACCGUCAGAAUAUGGGACGUAGGUUCGGGGCGGCAAGUGGGCUCGCCUCUUGAAGGCCACACGGCAUGGGUUACGUCUGUUGCAAUCUCGCCCGACGAGCAGCGAAUCGUGUCCGGGUCAGAUGACAUGACGAUUAGAGGAGGUUCUCCGCCGUCUUCCCUCAUACCUGAUGAGGAGGGCUGGGUUGUUGGUCCUAAGGGUCAGCUUCUGCUCUGGGUCCCAAUCCAGCUCGUAGACCGGUCACGGAUACCUGCACCGGGAAACAUUUCAGUGUUCCUCAAUAAUAUGCUGCAGCUGGAUCUGAGUCAAUUCACACAUGGGGAGGCUUGGAACGAAUGUUAUGAUCCAGAUGGUGUAUAA